UCAACUGUAUGGACCCGACAGGUCAGACGAUCUUUCACGAGGUGGCGAGAUCUUGGAACACGGAUGUAGCAAAGUUUCUACUGGAGAACGGUAAUCAUAUGACCAUUAUUCAUCAGCACCACCAUCAUCCUCACAAGCACCAUCAUCAUCACUAUCAUCAUUACCACUCCAUUAUCAUGAUCACCACCAACACCAUUAUCUUCACAAUCACCAUCAUUACCACUACCACCAUCAUGAUCACUAUCACCAUCAUACCAUCAUCAUCACUAUCAUCUUCACCACUGUAGUCACCAUCAUGAUCACCACCAUCAUCUAUCAACAUCACUAACAUCAUCAUCACUAUUCUCAUUCUAGUGGAGCUUGAUAUAUGGAGUAUAUGGGGACGGUAAACAAAACUUCAAAGUAUUUUGUAUUAAACAGGUGCCAAUAUAAAUCAUCAAGAUGAGUUUGGUCGUUCUCCUCUCCACGUUGCCGCAGCAGUCGACUACACAAGUAUGGUGGAAUUUAUCAUCCAAAAUGGCGGAGAUAUUGACAUCAAGACAAAAGAAGAAGAACAAACUGCCAUACAUUACGCCGCGAAAAGUGACGCCGUCAACUCUAUUCAGAUGUUGCUAGGUUACGGAGCCAAUAUUGAUUCUCGCGACUGCAGAAAUCGGACACCGUUACAAGUAUAAAAUCUCUCCUAUCUAUAUCCUUAUUUUGAUUGUUCAUCUCAGGACUAGAUAAAGUUUUGAUCAAGUUCUAGGACUGGAUCACUGGAUAUGGUUUUGAUAAAGUCCACAGAUUGGACAAAGCUUUGAUCAUGUCUGAACUCCUAGGCUUGGAUAAAGUUUUUAUUAAGUCCUAGAACUGGAUUUCAGUUUCGAUCAAGUUGUAAAAACACCCCGGAUAAAAUUCCAAAACCAAAUAUUGUUGUCUCUAAGUUAGGCAGGAAUUUUAACCAGAGAGCUUGAUAAAGUUCUGAUCAAGUUGUAGGACUCUAUGAAGUUUUAUGAAGUUUUAUGAAGUUUUAUGAAGUCCCUAACCAAAUUCUGUUGGUGUAUAAAGUUUUGAUCAACGCCUAGUCUAAGAGUGGAUCUUUUUUUAUGUAUAACAUUCAUGAACUUUAUGUCACCUUAGAUCGCCGCAGAAGUGAACAGUUUCAAAGCUGCCAAACUUUUGGUGACUGAAGGAGCGCCUGCUGGCGUGUAUGACAACCUGGGGAACUCUGCAUUAUCACUCCUCAUUGAAAAGAUUCCUGAAGUGGCGCUUAUAGCACUGGACCAACUUCGCACAACAGACUACAUCAACAGACGAGAGUUUUACUUUCUCAACUACCUCGAAGGCGCGAAACUGAAGGAAGAAUUGCAGGAAACACCAGCACGCUCCCCCAUGGAAAUAGCCGUCCAGAAUAAAAGGUAAACUGUAAAAUAUAAAUUUUUCCUAGAAACUUCUGUCUACAAAACCCAUCAAGAUAAAUAAAUACUGCUUAUCUCGUCCAGACCCAUAGAUACUUAGAUGAAAAUUUCGAGGUAUAAAUUUUUUACAUUUAUUUAGACAUAAGAUUUAGACAUACUAAGGUGAUUCCAUUAUCGGAAACGCACAGCUGUAGGUUCGAUUUCAGCAGGGGGGCCUAUCUUCCAGUCGUAUUUUCAUGUUAUUUAUCCAAACACAGAACGCGUUAUUUUGAUGUGCAUGCAGUUAACAAUACAAUCUGGGUUAUUUAGCUAUCUUUUUAUACUGAAAGGUUUGAUAUCGUCAUGCAUCCAGUCAUGAGAAGACUUAUUGCGGUCAAAUGGAAUAUUUAUGGCAAGAAAGGUGCCAUCUUAGAUGUUGUUUUAAAUCUGAUCUAUACACUACUGUGGACUGUCGAAGGUGUGACAUUGCCGAAAUAUGGACAUGAAUUAUAUCUGCCAGUGGGAAAUAAUAUCGGGAGAAUAACUAUUAGUAGUUUGAUUAUCUUGUUCACCUUGGCUGAGAUUAAAAGACAAGUCCUACGUGAGUUAAUACAAGUAGUGUUGUUCUUGUUGGAGCAGUUGUUGAGAGUCGCCAAAAACUUCCAGUUGCAGUAUCACUGUCAAAUCUGUCAUCAUCAUCACCACCAUUACCACCAUCGUCAAGCCAUUUGCACCAUUCUUUCCAUCAUCACAUUUACCACCAUCGUGAUUACCAUCAUCACCACCAUCAUCAUCUUCACAGCCACCAUCAUUAUCACUAUGAUCAUCACGAUCAUCAUCAUCACUAUUCUCAUCAUCACGAUCAUCUUCAUCAUCACUAUCAUCAUCAUUAUCACUAUCAUCAUCAACACCAUUAUCAUCCCUAUUCUCAUCAUCACGAUCGUCUUCAUCAUCACUAUCAUCAUCAUCACUAUUCUCAUCAUCACGAUUUUCUUAAUCAUCACUAUCAUCAUCACUAUUCUUACCAUCACGAUCAUCUUCAUCAUCACUAUCAUCUUGGUCACCACUAUCAUCAUCACUUUUAUCAUCAUCACUUUUAUCAUCAUCACUAUUCUCAUCAUCACGAUAAUCUUCAUCAUUACUAUCAUCAUUAUUAUCUUCACCACUAUUAUCGAUCUUCAUCACUCAUCUUCUUCAUUAUAUUAUCAUCACUAUUCUCAUCAUCACUAAAUCAUCAUCACUAUUCUCAUCAUCACGAUUCUCAUCAUCACGAUAAUUUUAAUCAUUAUAUCUAUCAUUAUCAUCAUUAUCAUCUUCAUCACUAUUAUCAUCAUUCUCAUCAUCACGAUAAUUUUAAUCACCAUUAACAUCAUCAUAUCUAUCAUUAUCAUCACUAUCAUCUUCAUCACUAUUAUCAUCAUUCUCAUCAUCACGAUCAUCUUCAUCAUCACUAUUAUCUUCAUCAUCACUAUUAUCUUCAUCACCACUACCAUUACCACCAUCAUCACCAUCAUGACGACCUUCAUAAGCACUACCAUCACCAUAAUCACCAUCAUGACGAGCAUCAUCAUAAGCACUACCACCACCAUAAUCACCAUCAUCUUUACCACCAUCUUUACCAUCAUCAUCCUCACCACCGUAACAUGGUCACCUCAGAUUUUUGCAUUACCCAAGACAUAGAAAAUCAAUUUUAUUGCAUUUCAAGUUCUAAACUUCACCAUUCUAUUACCAAUGCUCACACCAUCAGAACUAGUCUCAUCCUGGCCAAACCCAUCCAUAUACCUUUUAGAAACGAUCAAGGCAAGACAAGAAUUAGUAAAAUGGCGCGAUUGGCGAGCAGAACAACUACAACAAGACAAACAAUAUUGCCAUCCAAGAUGGCCACAGGAAAGCAAACUACUAGACUCGGAAAUUCAAGCUGUCAAAGGUAAAAGGCUGUUAAUUUUUGUUGUCAACUGAGAGUUGAGUUGGAGUCGAAGGCUUUCUAGGUGGCCGCCAUACAGAAGGCUUUAGUAGUUGGAAAUUUUGAGUGGAAUUUUUGUACGUAGGGAGACAGUUGUUGAGCUCUAACCAACUGAGCUACAGGGAGACAGUUGUCGAGCUCUAACCAACUGAGCUACAGGGAGACAGUUGUUGAGCUCUAACCAACUGAGCUACAGAGAGACAGUUGUUGAGCUCUAACCAACUGAGCUACAGAGAGACAGUUGUUGAGCUUUAACCAACUGAGCUACAGAGAGACAGUUGUUGAGCUCUAACCAACUGAGCUACAGAGGUCAGUUGUCGAGCUCUAACCAACUGAGCUACAGAGAGACAGUAAUUGUCGAGCUCUAACCAACUGAGCUACAGAGAGACAGUUGUCCGAGCUCUAACCAACUGCGCUACAGAGAGACAGUUGUCGAGCUCUAACCAACUGAGCUACAGAGAGACAGUGUCGAGUUCUAAUCAACUGAGCUACAGAGAGACAGUUGUCGAGCUCUAAUCAACUGAGCUACAGAGAGACAGUUGUCGAGCUCUAAUCAACUGAGCUACAGAGAGACAGCUGUCGAGCUCUAACCAACUGAGCUACAGAGAGACAGUUGUCCGAGCUCUAACCAACUGAGCUACAGCGAGACAGUUGUCCGAGCUCUAACCACCAGUUCAUAUAUAUACUAAGGUUAUGUCGAUGUAAGAUGUGUCAGGAUUUUGGGCAUCUCACUCAGCAGAACACGGUUAAUUAAGGCGGAAGGGUUAGUCUUUGUGAGGGAGGAAUGCCGGAGGAUCCGCAAAAAAUCUCUCGAAGCACACGAGAGGACCAACUGUAAUCUCUACUUAAUUACACGAGUUUUCAAGCUAGCAAACACUUUUUAAAGCAGAGUAGUCACCCAAGAAAUAACAGUAUUACGCCACCCUCGACUUUUAGUAGCAGGCUUCAAUCAGUGGUGGGUUAUAGGCGGCGUGGUAAGUGGUAACUAUAUCUAGCACCCUUCAUCUUGUCUUUUUCUCAGGUCUUCGUCUUGCCUCCAUGACUGACAACUGGGUUUAUUUCGAUUGGAUUUGUUUAUUUUUCAUUCUGUUAUCCAUUGCCACAAGUACGUUGUUCUUUGAAAAGGAUACCGAAUUGUGGAAGAGAAUAAAUAACCACACAACGAUUGUGAUGCUGUUGAUUUCUUGGCUCAGAAUGUUUAAGUACGCGAGGCCGUUCGAAAAUGCCGGUAUGUAUUAUUCAAUUUCCACAGAGGUUUUGAUGCCAUGGAUUUGGCUCCAUAUUUCUCUCAUUUCCUUGCUACACACGUAAAAAAUUACUUAGUUUUUAUUUUAUAUUUUACUUUUUGUUUGCUUUCACUUUUUGUUUUUUUUUUCUUUUCUUUUUAUUUUCACUUAUGUUUUUAUUUUAUGUUUCACUUGUUGUUUCGAUCAGGUCCGUUUGUGGUGAUCUUCAGUAACGUCGUGGGAGACAUUUUGAAAUGGUUUGUUUUGAACGGGAUCAUAAUUAUUCCCUUCGCUUGCGCAUUCUGGAUCGAAUUUGGAUUUAAUUCCACGACCCCGGCAGAAGGCUACACCGACGUAUCGUCCCUGCUAUAUAACAUCUUUCAAAUGAUGAUUGUCGGAGACUACGGCUAUAGCGAACUGCAGACAGCUAAUGAAACGAUGGCGCGCAUAUUAUGCGGAAGUUUCAUUCUUGUCGCGGGCAUUAUCACACUAAACCUGCUGAUCGCACUCGUAACGAACACGUUCCAAAUUCACUACGACAACGCGGUUGCGAACGCGGUUAUGCAACGCGCGAGCACGAUUUUGUUGCUUCAAUCACGAAUGGGACCAAAGAAAUGCAAACAAUAUUACGAGUUCAUCAAAACCAACGCAAGUCCGCAAAUUGUUCAAGCGAAAUACGGUGGACUCAUGACGGCAUCCCCCGAAGAUAGAGCGACGAUCGAACGAGUGUACGACGACGUACGGCAGAUUAAAAACGUUCUAGCUGAACGGUUUGGACGACGUUACGGAAAGGGAAAUAAAUCUGAUCUGGAAAAUGUCCGCGAAGAUUUGGAGAAGGUUAGGAGGUCCGGGAAGGAAAUGGCGAAGGAUAUUAAGUUGAUAUUGUAUGGUAUUGGGGGACAGCGUGUUUCGACGUUGUAUACGGACGAUGGGAGAGAUCUGUAUCAGAUGAGCAGUGCGGACGUCCUCAGCGGGAAAAAAGAUGAUAAUGACAACGUCGAAGAAACGAAUAAAGACAGUAACAAUAACGACAACAACAACAACAACAACAACGACAACAACAACAACAACAACAACAACAACAACAGCAAGAACAACAACAACAAUAACGACAAUAGCAACAACAGCAGCAAUAACUUACUCACACCUACCCAACCAAGAAAAAGCAGGAAGCGAAAUCGGUCCCGAAGAUCAAAGAAACCUGAUACUAGUACUUCUGAGGCAUCCGACUCUGAUGACGCAAGCACAACCGGCCUUCCUGGAACACAUUUAACGUGGCCAAAAGCGCGUGAUUAUCAGGAGGCGAUUGGCCGGCCAAGAAAAAAGAAAGAAAACAGCGAACUCAAACGUGGUGGAGGAGAGAAUUGGCAUAAAGGUAAAUUGGGAUUUUCAUGUAGUCCCAGCGUUGUUUCGAUUUAAGAAUGACGAUAAUUACUUCACAAAUCUCUUCUGGACUCAAAGCCUCACUCCCACGAGUCGUUAGCGAAUUGCCUUUCGUCUUCAUUAUAGUGGGAUGAAGCUCCAGAGGCCGGUUGCUCAAAAGCUGGGUAGCUUAAUUCUAGGUUACCGCAAAUUUCAAAGCAAUCUUCAUAACAUGUACACUGUUAAGGGGCCGAUUACAUGGGCGAGUUGUCCAGGCUAAGCGAGUUGACUCGCUUUGCCGAGUUGACCCGCUUCCUAUAUGUAUUGUCUAUUAUUUUGACAUUUCGAUUACAUGCAAAGCGAGUUGUCCCGCCUUGCCGGGACCGCGGCUGUAGCUUGCCGAGUCAACUCGCUUAGCCGGGACAGAAAUUGCCCACACAUCCCAUGUAAUCGCUUUUUGCCGAGUUGGCUCGGCAAAGCGGGCUGAAAACCACACUUAUACAUGUUUUAAUUUCGAUUAUAUGUACAAAUAUAAGUUAAAAAAACUUCAAAUAACAUCAAAAUGAUAUUAAUGAACGUUUUCAAGGUUUAGAUAGGAAGCGACACAAUUUUGUUAGAAUACAAACAGUAUAAGCCUGUUGAGAUCAGCGCUAAGUAUAAAUACCUCAACCAACAACAUUCAGUGGGUAAAGUAGUCCUCAAAUACAACAAAUACACAAUUUUUAAUCGAUUUCUAACAGCAAGUAUUAAAUUGUUAAGCGUUACAAAUCUUAAUGAGCUACUUCAGCACGGCUAGCCGGGUUAACGCGGUGCAUGUAAUCGCAUUUCAAAAGUCAACUCGCUUAGCCGGGACAACUCGGCAAAGCGGGACAACUCGGCUCAUGUAAUCAGCCCCUAAGAAACCUGAAGAUAGUUUUCCAAAAUUCAUGUUUGGAUCAAUAGAAGUUUUAUUUUCCAAAGUCCUGAAAUAAACAGAUGUGCAAAUGUAGUAAUGUACCCAAAUUAAAACAGGGGGUAUAUCAGGGCGGGUACGACGGCAUAGAAGGACGGGGACGGAAGCUGCUUGCACUUGGGCCAUAACUUUCGCGAACGAAGCAAAAACCGAUGCGAUUACAAUGUAAGCAUAGCCUAAGUGUAAUCCUGAUGUAAUUAUCGGAAGAGUGUUUGAUUUGUUUGAACUGGGUUUUACUUUUUAGGCGAGUAUAAUCAACUGUCACCGUACGAAUAUUAUGGAGAGCCACGUUUCCAAUAUUUUCCACCAAUGUCAGAAAAUAGAUACAUCGAACCACAAUACGGACGCCAUCAAACUCCAGUAGAUAUGUACCCUUACGAUCACAACAGCAGUGUUCCCCCAAUGUAUCAAACCACACCACCCACUCCUUACUUCCCCAAUAUGUCCUUCCCGAGGCGAAACCAGCGAGGAAGGCUUAGCUCACAACCUCCACAGCCUUCAGCCAGUGUCUUUGAAUCACCACCCGGAAUUCAGGCAAGACGUUACACCCAUGGAUAUUUGGGCCAGCUAAACGAGUACAAUGACCGGCAUAGUCGUAGGAGGUUGUCUCAGCCCCAAGAAUAUGGGACCCAACCUGAUGAAUUCAAUGACUGGUUACGAGGAAGGCUCAGCCCGCAACCUACACAGCCUCCAGCCAGGGUCGUUCAAUCACCACCCGGAAUUCAGGCAAGGCGUGACAGCCAAGAUUAUUUUACCCAAGAAAAUUUAAGCCAGCCAGCUGAAGUCAGUGGCCAGCAUGGAUACAGGAGGUUGUCUAGGGCAAAUGUGGGUCAACAUGAAGUACAACGAAGUGAUCAGGGUUUUCAGUACUCGGACCCAGACUUCCACCAAGUAACUGAGCGAAAGCAAGGUGGCCGCGUAAUGUCGGGAUCUGAGGUAUUAUGAAGUGAACCCAAUGAAGUGAACUGAAUAAUAUAUCACAAACUCAUUAAUAAUUCAUGAGUAAAUGGACGACUUACGCUUUAGAAAAAUUUUUAAUCUGGGAAUAACAAAGGAUAUUUUCUGAAAGAAGUUAUCAAAAUUAGAAAAACUGCAAAGUUUAGUUGCGAAAUGUUGUAAAGUACGGAAAAUAUAGCCCUGCGAAGUUGGCAAAUUUGUAUAUAUUUCUAUUACGUGCGGAAAUUGGUAACUAAUUUAGUUACCAAUUCACUCACGUAAUACAAAAGUAUACAAAUUUGCCAACUUUGAAGGGUUAUAUUUUCCGUAUUUUACAACAUUUCGCAGCCAAACUUUAUAUAAUAUUACUAAUUCCAAGACGCUCUUUCCAGCUGUGGUGAUAGAUUUCGUUGUUCUUACUUAGAUUAAAAUUUAGUCUAAAGCGCAAGUCGUCCAUUAGCCAAACAUAUUCUUUUAUUUUGCGCACAUGAUAAUACUGGAUACCUGAUGAAGUACAUUGAUCCAGUCCUAGGACUGGAUCAAAAUGAAUUCAGUCUUUGGACUGGAUCAAAAUGAAUUAAAUAGUGAUUUAUUCGCAUGAGAUGUCAUUUCAAAUCCUCCAAUUCGGACUGGCCUAGAUUUCAAGUCCUCGCAUUUUGAUCCAGUUGCGCGAACGUGAAAUCUAGUCCAGUUCUCAUAGUCGGGUUUAAAAUAUUACAUAACUGUAAGACUUGCAAUGGAACGUUUUAGGUCAGGAGCUCUGGUGGUGAGGUAGCGGAAAAGCAAGGCGAAGGAGAAAUAUCGAAUCAAAAACAACACGAAUCCCUAUCCAGAGAGAUGCCAGAGGUUACUACAACUGGGGAAGACGGAAUGCGAAGUCGCCGAAGUGAGAAUGAAGAUACGAAAUUCUAACUGUUUACACGAAUUAUUGUUCACACAAAUUAACUGUUUAGUGUUUACACGAAUUAUUAUUUUAUUGUUCUUAUUUUUAUUGUUGUUGCUGCUGUUGUUCUUAUUUUUAUUGUUUUCACGAAAUGAUUACCCAAAGAAAAUUUCCCUCUACAAAAUCGUUCAAUGGUGUAUAUUUCCACCCGUUGCGCACGUUGUAACCAAUAAUCGAUUAUUAUUUCAAUUAAAAAAAAGGCCACCAACUUUAGGGUUAGGGGUUAGGGGUUAGAGGUUAGAGGUUGGGAUUAGGGGUUAGGGGUUAGAGGGUGAGGGUUAGGGUUAUUGUAAUAGACCCUUUCAAGGUUAACGACGCCAUAAUGAAACACAAUAGUGCAAGGGGUGCAAACACGAUGGUGAAAACAAUAGGUUCAAGAUGGCGUUCUUAACCUUGAAAGGCCCUAUUGUAGAGCCAUUACAACGCAAUACUUUAUUGCAUACAAUGGCUUUACAACUACAAUAGAUUAUUGCUUACAACGUGCGGAACGGCUGAUAUUUGGGGCGUGUUUUCCUACGACAUGGACGCCGUAUCGUUGUCUUAUAAAUCUCAAGGCGAACGAUUCCAAUCCAGUUUUAACAAUGAUAAAAAUAAGAAUUGUAGCAUCUUGGGAAUUGUGCAAAAUAUAUUGAUAUAAAUUAUUUUAAUACAUAAUCAUAGUUAAGAUAGAUUUAGUACAUACUGUAAUCAUAGCGAUGUUAGAUUCGCGAGAAGACGUUUGAUUGACAGAUUGUAGUUUUUCUAAGGUUGGUUGUAGUUUUGAGGGAAUAUAAUUACGUAGAAAAUUUAUAUCAUCCUUUACCUUGUGAGGUUAUUGCGAACGACGGCUGUGGUUUCACUUGCAAUCCGCAUUCGCGAUAAGCCGCAUUAAUACAUUGAAUUAAACUUUAGUAAAGGC